AUGUUUUUGAAACAUACUGAAAAUGAUCUCAUCAUCAUUGUUGUGUAUGUUGAUGACAUUAUUAUUACUGGUACUAAUGAUGCUGAAAUUUUGGAGUUGAAACAACACCUCAAUUCUAUUUUCAGUAUCAAAGAUUUGGGGAAACUACAUUAUUUCUUGGGCAUUGAAGUGCUACAUCUGGCCCAUGGGAUUGUUCUCACUCAGAGAAAAUUUUCUAAGGAAUUAUUGCUUCAGUCUGGUCUUGAUGUUUCUAAGGUUGCUAAAACUCCUUUGCCUCAGAAACUCAGUCUGACAGCAGAUACAUGGGAUUUUUGUUCUGAUCCUUUUCUCUAUAGGCAACUUGUGGGGAAGCUCAACUUUCUGACUCAUACAAGGCCUGAUCUGGCUUUUGCUGUGCAAACUCUCAGUCAAUUUAUGCAACAGCCUCGAGUUUAG